AUGUCAAUUGUAAAUAAAGAAUUUGAUACCAGCGAUAAAACUUUUUUAGCAUCAGGUAAAACUAAAUCAAUUUAUCAAUUAAAUAAGGAUGACCAAUAUGUUUUAAUCGUUUCAAAUUCGUCUAUUACUGCUGGUGAUGGCGCUAAAAAAGAUGUUUUACCAAAUAAAGAUAUAUACUCAACUACCACAACUGUUAAUGUUUUCAAAGUUUUACAAUUAUCAGGUAUUCAAACUCAUUUUAUAAAACAAGUAGAACCAAACUCUUUUAUUGCUAAAAAAUGUUCUAUGAUUCCAUUAGAAGUUAUCGUUAGAAGAUUAGCAACUGGUAGUUAUUUAAAGAGAAAUACUCAUGUCACAGAAGGCACCAAAUUCAAUCCAUGCUUGAUUGAAUUCACCUUUAAAGAUGAUGUUCAACACGAUCCAUUAGUUACAGAAACAGAUAUUUUAGGUAUGGACUUAAAGAUUGGUGGUGUUGCUAUCACUUCAAAAGUUUUAUCACAACUUAGACAUAUUGCUCAACAAUCAUUUGAAGCAUUAGAAAAAGCAUGGCAAUCACUCGAUGUAACUUUAGUCGAUUUUAAAGUCGAAUUUGGUAUUACCCCACAAGGUGAAUUAAUUUUAGCAGACGUUAUUGAUAAUGAUUCAUGGAGAAUUUGGCCAAAAGGUGAUAAGAAUUUAAUGAAGGAUAAGCAAGUAUAUCGUAAUAUUCCAGUUUCAUCACCAUCACCAUCUGGUAAUUCAGGCCCAAUUUUAAACACUCUUUCUGAUCAUCAAAAAAAAAUGAUUGAAGAUAAUUAUGCUUGGGUUGCCUCCUCCACAGAAAAAUUAGUAGAGUUUACCGCCGCUCAAACAAGCAAUAACAAUCCAACUUCAUCGAGAUCAAAUAGUGUACCAAAUAUUCAUUCAGCUCAACAAUACCACAAUAAUGUUAAUAACAAUAAUAACAAUCAACAAACAAAUAUAAAUAAUUUAGUAAAUAUAAAUUCACCAUUAGUAGGAAUUAUUAUGGGUAGUCAAUCAGAUUGGGAAACUAUGAAAUUGGCAGCAAAUACAUUAACAACCUUGGGUGUACCAUUUGAAACUAAAAUUGUAUCAGCCCACAGAACACCAGAUAGAAUGUUUGAUUAUGCUAGAUCAGCAAAAUCAAGAGGUUUAAAAAUUAUUAUUGCAGGUGCAGGUGGUGCUGCUCAUUUACCAGGUAUGGUUGCAGCCUUAACUCCAUUACCAGUAUUUGGUGUACCAGUACAAUCCAAAGCUUUAAGUGGUGUAGAUAGCUUAUUAUCAAUCGUUCAAAUGCCCGCUGGUAUUCCAGUGGGUACUGUUGCAAUUGGUGCCGCUGGUGCAACUAAUGCCGCUCUUUUAGCUGCUGCUGCUUUAGCUUCAUUCUACCCAUCAAUUGAAUUAAAUUUAGAUAUCUACAGAAAGAAACAAACUGAUGCAGUUGCUGAUGCACCAGUUGAUAAUCCACCAAUACACCCACACUCACACAAUAUUCCAUCUGCUCCACAACCAAUCUCAACACCAAUUACUCCAUUAACACCAUCACCAUCCAAUGCUACUUCAAUUUUAACAGCAAUUCAUAAUAAUUCAAGUAUUAAUAAUAAUAAUAAUAUUGUUGCCCCAUUACCAGUUCACCCAACUCCAUUAAUUAAUAAUAAUUUAACUCCAACAUCAUCAAGAACUAAUCGUUCACAAUCUCCAUUACCAUCAGGCAAUGGAAGCAAUAUUUCACAAGAUAAAACCCCAUUAUCAACAUUUGUACUUUCAACAUGCAGACCAUCAGCAUUAGUAUUACCACCAGGUUCAGUUAUUGGUAUUUUGGGUGGAGGUCAACUUGCCCGUAUGACAGCUAUUGCUGCUGCCCAACUUGGUUAUAAGACCCAUAUCUUCUGCCCAGAAUCAGACCCAUCAGCUACACAUGUUUCAACAUACUUCACCAAAUCAAACUACAAUAAUUAUUCAGCUCUCGAUAGUUUCGCUAAACAAGUUGAUGUAGUUACAUAUGAAUUUGAAAAUAUAAUGGUAGAACCGGUUGAAUAUUUAACAACAAAGGUUGCAGUUUUCCCAGAUCCAAAAAUACUUAAAACUUGUCAAGAUAGAGUUAUGGAAAAAACAUUUAUUCAAUCAUUAGAUAUUCCAACUGCUAAAUUCCAAUCAGUCGAAUCAUUUGAAGGUCUUAAAUCAGCUAUUGAAAAGAUUGGAUAUCCAGCAAUCUUAAAAUCAAAUACAAUGGGUUAUGAUGGUAAGGGCCAAGUUAAAUUAACCGAUUCAGUAGACCUUGAACAAGCUUGGAAAAAAGUUACAUCAGAAACUAGCGCAUCAAAAGCUAUUCUCGAACAAUACAUUGAAUUUGAAUCAGAAGCUUCCGUUAUUGUUGCACGUGGUUUAGAUGGAAGUGAAUUAACUUUCCCAUUAGUUACCAAUAAACAUCGUAAUCAUAUUCUUAGACAAACUAUUGCACCAGCUCAAUUACCAGAAUCACUUCAUCGUCAAGCUAGAGAAAUUGGUAACAAAAUUGCACGUUCCAAUGGUUUAGUAGGUGUUUUAGCAGUAGAGUUAUUUGUUGUAAAGAAUCAGACAACCGGUGAUUAUCAAUUAUUAGUCAAUGAAUUAGCCCCAAGACCACACAACAGUGGCCAUUGGACUAUUGAAGGUUGUGUCACUAGCCAAUUUGAACAAUUAAUUCGUUGUGUUUGUGGUUUACCAUUAGGUUCUGUAGAUUUAAUGAAACGUAUCACCGAGGAAGAAUACAUUCAACAACAAUUACCACCAAUUGUUAUGACCAAUCUUUUAGGUGCUGAAGUAAAUAGUUGGGAAAAAACUCUUCAAACUAAAGGUUCACAUCUUCAUAUUUAUGCUAAAGGUGAUGCUAGAGAAGGUAGAAAAAUGGGACAUAUUACUCAAUUACCAUAA